AUGGAAGAGCAAGAAGUUUAUCUGACUGUAAGAAUGAGAGCAGUGUGGAGCCACUCGAGUGUCAUUUCCAAUUGCAAGCUUUCUCCGAGAAUCAGGAGAAUAUCCGCAGCAAGCUUGACCUCAAAUCGAAAUCUAUUACCCAUGACUUCAACUGAAGAUCCAGAGCUCAGAGAUUUUGUUGGGUUUUUAGAAUCUCUCAAAAACUAUGAGAAGUCUGGUGUGCCCAAAGGAGCUGGAACUGAUUCCGGUGAAGGUUUCGAUCUCGGUAGAAUGAAGCGUCUCAUGCUUCGUCUCCAUAACCCUCAUUUCAAAUACAAGGUUGUUCAUGUGGCUGGAACAAAGGGAAAAGGUUCAACUUCUGCUUUUCUCUCCAAUAUCUUACGAGCAGGAGGAUAUUCAGUUGGUUGUUAUUCUAGCCCACAUAUUCUGAGUAUCAAAGAACGUAUUUCAUGUAAUGGAGAUCCUGUCUCUGCAUCCUCUCUUAAUGAUCUUUUCUAUUCAAUCAAACCCAUCCUCGAGCAGUCUAUCCAAGAGGAAAAUGGUUCUUUGAGUCACUUUGAGGCUGGGCUAGGAGGAGGUCGAGACGCUACAAAUGUCAUUGAAAGUUCAAAUCUUGCGGCAUCAGUCAUAACAACGAUAGGUGAGGAACAUAUGGCUGCUCUCGGGGGUUCCUUGGAAACUAUAGCAGAGGCCAAAUCUGGAAUUAUUAAGCACGCUCGUCCAGUGGUUUUAGGUGGCCCGUUUCUUCCUCAUAUCGAAGGCAUUCUUCGUUCGAAAGCAGCAUCAAUGUCGUCAUCAGUUGUAUUGGCAUCUAAUAUUGGUUCUAGUUCUUCAAUCAAAGGCAUCAUCAACAAAAAUGGGAUCGGACUUUGUCAGUCCUGUGACAUCGUAAUACAAGAUGAGAAAGAUGAUGUUAAACCAAUUGUUGAGCUUGGUAAUGUAAAUCUACGCAUGCUUGGACAUCACCAGCUCCAAAAUGCUGUUACUGCUACAUAUUUGCGAUGGGGGAGAGUUACAGACGAAGCUAUUCGGAUUGGUUUAGAGAAUACUCGUUUACUUGGUAGAAGUCAGUUUCUGACACCAGAAGAAGCAGAGACUUUACAAUUGCCCGGAGCAACGGUGCUUCUUGAUGGAGUAUUUGAGGAAGAAAACGUUUUUGGCAAUAAGACGGUCUCUUCUUUCGUGAGACAACAAAUCACAAAUAUCGAAUUUUAA